AUGAAACAACAACAUGAGCACGAAGCACGAAGCGACUUAGGAGCAGCCGAUCUUAUAGAUGAGCAUGAAGGACCGCGAGAGCAACAGGCAUGCAGCAGAAAAAUUCAUGCAAGUGAAAAGAAUCGAACAGAUCGGACAGCUGACGCUCAACCAACAACUUCGCUAGAGACCGAACCUUUCGAUACGUCUCAACUUCCCCGUUUUUACCCACGCUGGCGUGGGAAACCCUGGUUUUGUGGUAAUGCUGAAGCGCUGGGGUGGGCACUGGAUGCCAUCGGCCGAGCAGUUGCAUUCAUAUCAGCGGGAGCAUUUUUGAGCACGGCCAUGUUACGACUUGCAAAAACCGACGCCGGCUGCGCUGUCGAUCCUCCCGACGGAUCAGACGAGAUUCCAGAGUGUUAUGGACGAGUGUACGGAAUUCGACCAUCGUCACUUUUGACUAUAUACACCAUGGUGGUGGGAGUUUCAAGUUCAGCACUCAUGCCUUUUAUGGGAGCCAUUGUCGAUUACACUCCGCAUCGCCUGCUGUUUGGUAGAUGGCUGUCGAUUAUGUUCUGCCUGUUGCUUUUGCCGCUCGUGUUUCUCUCCCAAAACAACUGGUUCUACAUGGCAAAUGUGCUGGUGAUAUUGGCGCUCGUUGGAUGGGCACAAACCAUGGUUACUUAUGCAUAUCUUCCCGAACUCACCGAUCAAGAGGAACGUCUUAGCACCUUCACUCGCAGUUUUACCGUGGCAAGUUUCGGGUCAAUGGUUUUGUUUCUCGCCAGCAUCGUCAGUAUUGCUACGCUCGGAGGUUUUUCUAACAACGAGCUUGCUGUCGCAAGAGUAGGACUUUCUACUGCGUUUGUGCUGAGUAGCUUGACUCUUUACUUGGCCUGGUUCCGGCUUCUCCAAAGCCGUCCUUCCGCGCGCUCGUUGCCGCCGGAAAAGUCCAUCUGGACUGCCGGCUUCAUUCAAGUCUACCGCACAAGCAUUCAUAUUUGCAAAAGCUUACCUACACUUAAGUAUUUCUACCUUUCCGUUGCGUUCGUCGACGCUGGCGUCAAUUCACUGGCGACGAUUGCAUUGACGUACGUCACCGAUACUUUGGAUUUCAAUACGACCGAAAGCGGCUUUGCAAUUCUCGCCAUGCUCCUCGGAACCGUUCCGGGCGCGUACCUGGCCGGUGUAACCAUGAAGCGCCUCGACCCCAUACGAUCCUCAAUAUUGGCAACCAUUUUGAUCACGAUAAACACUAUUUUGGCGGCAAUAGUUUUAAAGGGACCCGGACAACAAGUCGAGACAGGAGUCCUAGCGGUAGUGUGGGGUACGGCUACUGGCUGGAAAUGGACGACAGAUAGAAUCUUGGCCUCUGUUCUCAUUCCGACGGGCCAAGAUGCAGAGCUGAUGGGAGUCUACUUGUUUUCGGGUCAAAUUUUAACUUGGUUGCCCCCGCUGAUAUUUACGGCCUUGAACGAAGCUGGCAUAAGUCAACGUAUCGGAAUCGGUACCUUGGCGAUAUGGUUUCUCACAGGUAUAGUUUUUCUAAUUUGCAUCGGCAGCUAUCAAGACGCGGUCGUCAAAGCAGGGCGGGGACAUUUGGUGGCAAACGGAAUGCUUAUUACCACAUCAGCUACAUGA